CCACCCAUCACUCUCCUCACGCCCUUAAGAACGGCAGCCCAACUCAUCCCUUUUGCCCCCACAUCCCUGGAGCAAGAAGAAGAGGAAUAAGAAGAAGAACCAACGACGAACACGAGAGUACCCAUCUGAGAAAAAAAGAGGAGGAAGAAGAAAAGAGCCUGAUAACCAGUACCCGGCUCAGAUCCAAACCCAAUUCCAUUUCUCGGUCAUGGGUUUUCCGGCCAACGGAGCUUCCGAUAAGCCCCUCAAGUUCCUGAUCUACGGCCGCACGGGCUGGAUCGGCGGCCUUCUUGGCAAGCUCUGCGAGGCCCAGGGUAUCGAGUAUGUGUACGGGUCGGGUCGCCUCGAGGACCGUAGAUCCCUCGAGGCCGACCUCGCCGCCGUCAACCCCACCCAUGUCUUCAACGCCGCCGGCGUCACGGGCCGCCCCAACGUCGACUGGUGUGAGUCCCACAAGGUCGAGACUAUUCGGACCAACGUCGUCGGAACCUUAACGCUCGCUGAUGUCUGCCUGAGCAAGGGCCUCAUCUUGAUCAACUACGCCACCGGCUGCAUCUUCGAGUACGACUCGGCGCAUCCCCUCGGGUCGGGGGUCGGGUUCAAGGAGGAGGAUACUCCCAAUUUCACCGGCUCCUUCUAUUCGAAGACCAAGGCCAUGGUGGAAGAGCUGCUCAAGAAUUAUGAGAAUGUAUGUACACUACGUGUCAGAAUGCCAAUCUCAUCUGAUUUGUCCAAUCCCCGCAAUUUCAUUACAAAGAUCACUCGAUAUGAGAAAGUUGUUAACAUUCCAAAUUCCAUGACAAUCUUGGAUGAGCUUCUCCCCAUUUCAAUUGAGAUGGCCAAAAGAAAUCUCACUGGGAUAUAUAACUUCACAAAUCCUGGAGUGGUCAGCCAUAAUGAGAUUCUGGAGAUGUAUCGGGAUUACAUUGACCCCAACUUCUCAUGGAAAAACUUCACUCUUGAGGAGCAAGCAAAGGUGAUUGUUGCCCCAAGGAGCAACAACGAGCUUGACACAACCAAACUGAAGCAGGAAUUCCCUGAACUGUUAUCCAUUAAGGAAUCCCUGAUAAAGUAUGUGUUCAAGCCAAAUCAGAAGACUCCUGCUGCUUGAAACUUUUUGAGGUUUGAGUUUUAUUCAGUCUUACUACAGUUUUUCUUGUUUAGGUUUUAUUCAUGUAGGUUGAUGAUGUUAUCUCUCCACAAAAGGAGUCCUUUUUCUCUCGUCACAUUGCAUUAUUGUGUAUUCUGUAUUUGAACGUUGUAUUUGUAUUGACUCAGUUAUGAAUAAAUGAGUUGGAAGUCAUUUAUCCGAA